AUGUCCGAGAGAGCAGGAAGACGCCUGAAAAGUAUCUGCGACAUCCAAGAGAAGUUUCGCCCGGCAGUUUGGGAAUACGAGAAAGUUAUUCUCACCACGAAGAAGCUGAUCAAGGCGGCCUCCAUCCUUGACAUCCCCAUAUACGCCACGACACAAAACCGAGCACGCUUGGGAGAGACGUGUACAGAACUCAAUAUUCCCAAUGCAGUCGAGCACGCCGAUAAAUCUGCCUUCUCGAUGUGGAUUCCCCCCAUCGCGCGCCAUUUCUCUUCCGCUGCCCCGUCCGAGAUCGCCAUCGUUGGGAUCGAGAGCCAUAUCUGCGUAACGCAAACAACUUUGGAUUUACUGGCCAAUGGACAUAAGGUGUAUAUAUUAGCAGACGGAGUAAGCAGUUGCAACAAGGAGGAGGUCCCAAUUGCUCUGGCGCGACUGAGGGCUGCAGGUGCAGUGGUUACAACUAGUGAGAGCUUCCUCUACGAGUUGAUUGGCGAUGCUUCGAUCCCAGAGUUUCGAGCCAUUGCGGGGUUAGUAAAGGAGAGCAGCAAGGAUACGAAGGAGGCGGUUAGCACUUUGUUGAGUAAGAUGUAA